CUGCUGGCUGUCGACGGCAUUGACGUCAACGCUAAGGACAAGUAUAAACAGACACCCCUACACGAUGCUGCUCUCAUGAGGCAUAAAGAAAUUGUCACGAUUUUACUGGCACGCAAGGACAUCAAAAUUGACGAGAAGGACUUCUCCGGAAACACCCCCUUGAUGGUCGCUGCGUUACGCUCACAUCCGGAAAUAAUAUUAAAGUAUUUGGCCGAACGCAAUGCCAAGCUUGACAUUACGGAACAUAAUGGGUUGACUCCCCUGCACUGGGCAGCCGCACAGGGGUUCGACGAAAUGACCCGUUUCCUUUUGGACCACCAUGCAGAUCUCCAUGCGCCCGACAGAAGCAACUUCCAACCUCUUCACCUCGCAGCUGAGGAGGGUCAUCCAACAAUGAUCGAGAUGCUA